UGUUCUCCGUGCUCAAGUCCUCCGUGCUCAAGUCCUCCGAGCUAUACUCUCAGGGAGGAAGGACAUGGAUUUGAGUCUGACAGGGCUGCUCUACUCCUGAGCCACUGGGCUGAUCCUUCCAACGCUUCUGCAGGGAAUAGACAAGGUGAGAUGGAGGAGCUCUGGACACUGGCCCUUUGGGCCCUGAAGGUUUGGCUCUACCUCAUCGUCGGCCUCAUCAUGGUCCCGGCCAUGUUCGGCUUCUCGCUGGGCAUCUCCGAGACCUACAUGACCAUCCUGGUGAAAACCUUAGAGUGGGCCACUCUGAAGAUACAGAAAGUAUACGCAGAGGAACGAACACUCGAAGCCUCUUCAUCUAACGGUCUCAUCCAGAGGGAAGAUGGCUCCAUGGAGAAAGAGUUUGAGGAACUCAGAUGCAGUCGCCCCAAACAACCAGUGGGCGGUGAUUUCACACUUAGUGACAGCUUCUAUUUCACCCGCAGAGGAAUUGAGAGCAUUGUAGAGGAUGAGGUGACGCAGCGGUUCAGCUCAGAGGAGCUGGUGUUGUGGAACUUGCUGACUCGCACCAACAACGACUUCCAGUUCAUCAGCAUGAGGCUGACACUGGUCUACAGCCUGGGCAUUGUCGUGAGAUACUGCAUCCUCGCCCCUCUCAGGAUAACUCUGGCCUGCAUUGGUCUCACCUGGUUGGUCAUAGGAACAUCUGCAGUUGGAUUCCUCCCAAACUGGAGGAUGAAGUUUUGGCUCAGUGAAUGGGUCCACGUGAUGUGCUACAGGAUCUGUGCUCGAGGACUCUCUGCCACCAUCCGCUAUCACAACAGGGAAAACAAACCCCAGAAGGGAGGCAUCUGUGUCGCCAAUCACACUAGUCCCAUUGACAUAGUGAUACUCUGCAACGAUGGCUGUUACGCUAUGGUGGGGCAGAUACACGGAGGUUUGAUGGGAGUCCUCCAGAGGGCCAUGGUGAGGUCGUGUCCUCACGUCUGGUUCGAGAGAGCAGAGAUGAAAGAUCGCCACCUAGUGACCAAAAGGUUGAAGGAUCAUGUGAACGACAAGACAAAGCUCCCCAUCUUGAUAUUUCCAGAGGGAACCUGUGUCAACAACACGUCCGUCAUGAUGUUCAAAAAGGGAAGUUUUGAAAUCGGAGCAACGAUAUAUCCGGUGGCCAUUAAGUAUGACCCAAAGUUCGGAGACGCUUUUUGGAACAGUUCCAAGUAUAGCAUGGUCAGUUACCUGCUGAGGAUGAUGACCAGCUGGGCCCUGGUCUGCAAUGUCUGGUACCUGCCAGCCAUGCACCAACAGGAGGGGGAAGAUGCUGUCCAGUUUGCCAACAGGGUGAAGUCGGCCAUCGCUCACCAGGGAGGGCUGGUGGAUCUACAGUGGGAUGGAGGCCUGAAGAGAGCAAAGGUGAAGGAGUCGUUUAAAGAGGAGCAGCAGAAGCAGUACAGCAGCAUGGUGGUGGGAGACGACAGCAGCAGCAGUGACUAAGACGGAUCCCCGCCCUGUGGAGGACACGCACACUGGAAACGGGGCCUCUCUCUCUCCCCACUGGUGAUGCUCUCGUUAGCCGGGGCCUGAUGCUGCCAAGUGGACAUUUAAACACACUGUGUAUUCUCAGGUACUGCCAAAAGAAGGGGGAGAGUCUCAGCGAUUCACAGGAAACAGAAAAGUGCAAUAUAUUGAACUUUACAAGAAGCCGAGCGUGAAAUGGGGGGGGGGGGGGCUCCUUUUUGGUUUUAAUGCUGCUGAAGAAACCGUUAUUGCGAUUUGAAAUCUGUGAUUGCGGACGAGCCGCUCAGAAAAACUGGAUUCGUGAAGGCCUCACGGUCGGUCCACUUCAUUCAUGUGCAGUUCAUUUUUGUUUACAACUUCUAGUAGCCGUUGUGAAAAGAACCUGGACGUGUUUUGUAGUUGUGCUGUUUUAUAACAUAACAUCAUUUCAUGCAGACACUGAGAUAAUUGGGACUUUAGCGUUUAGACAUUGGUUUUAAUGUCUUUAGAUCUUGCAGUGUUGUAUUGCAACACAAUUAACACUGAUGAGCAGCCACGUGACACCUGAAAGACAACAAUCUUCCGUUAUUGAAUUUAACACUGAUAGACAUGAUACACUAUUUUCUUUUUUGUUCUUCAAAAAGAACUUCUUGCGCUGUCAUUUCUUUUCUUUUUUGUCAAGUUUGACCCCCACAGAACUGUUAAGCAUGGACACAAGAGACACAAGGGUUUGGCACUUAAAUAAUACACGAGAACGUCGAGUGUGCAAGAUAGUUAAUUGUAUGUCCACACGGGACAUGACGGCCUUAAAGGAGAACACACAGCCGAGACUUUUUGGAUCCCUCUCCACUGAGUGGUUCUCCUGAAGUGUGAUCUUCACUGCUGAUGUUUUUCUGUGGGCUCCCCUCUGCGGCUCCUAAAAGCAAAUUUAAAGAUGGAUGAUUAAAACGUCGUGUGUGUGUGUGUGUGUGUGUGUGUGUGUGUGUGUGUGUGUGUGUGUGUGUGUGUGUGUGUAUAUAU